GAGUCGCAGAGUGGUUUUGUCUGCGGAGUCGCAGAGUGGUUUUGUCUGCGGAGUCGCAGAGUGGUUUUGUGUGCGGAGUCGCAGAGUGGUCGUGCAUUGGCGGUUGGUUUUGCCUGCGUGGGCGGGGCCGCAGAGCGGUUUCGUGGGCGGAGUCGCAGAGCGGUUUUGCGACCGGUGAAUUCGCUGCUCUCAUGGCGUGCCUGGAUCCCACUGAGCCGGAUCACGUUCUGUGCCUACUUGAUCCACCCGAUCCUAUUGCAGAUCUAUAAUUUAAGUCGACCGCAUCCAUUUCACUUCACGACAGUCUAUCAAAUGUUUUAUCUGUUCGCUGUGGCCGUGACAAUGGCGUAUUUCGUUGGUUUCCUGCUGAGUCUGGCCGUCGAAGUGCCUAUCUCCAACGUGGAGACGCUGGCCAUCAACACGGUGACGGGCAAAAUUGGCGGUCGCCCGAAAUCGGCAGCACAAUAUCCGCCAAUCUCCGAAAAACCCGGCAAGAACGACAUAGUAGAGACGUGUGCAGACGAUGCGGAUGCGCGGAAUGGAGCUGCAGGAUUGGAGAGGGUCGAAUUGAAGUUAUUGUUGAGCGAUGCGAGUAGAAAUGUUAAUUGA